UCCGCGCUGGGCGGGCGGGCGGCUGGGUGAGCGGUCGGCGGGCCGGCGGGCGGACCGGGCCGUGGCUGGAGAAGUUUGCACUGCGGCUGGUGAGAGAGGGUGCGGGCCCCGCCGGCCGCUGCGCGCCCGCUGCCAUGGCUUUCCGCAGGAGGACGAAAAGUUACCCGCUCUUCAGUCAAGAGUUCGUCAUCCACAACCAUGCGGACAUCGGCUUCUGCCUAGUGCUCUGCGUCCUCAUCGGGCUUAUGUUCGAGGUUACAGCCAAGACUGCCUUCCUAUUUAUUUUACCUCAGUAUAACGUUAGCGUGCCUGCAGCAGACAGCGAGACGGUGCACUACCACUACGGCCCAAAGGACCUGGUAACGAUCUUGUUCUACAUCUUUAUCACCAUCAUCUUGCACGCUGUGGUUCAAGAGUACAUUUUAGAUAAAAUCAGCAAACGGCUUCAUCUCUCCAAGGUCAAACACAGCAAGUUCAAUGAAUCUGGACAGCUGGUUGUCUUUCAUCUCAGCUCAGUGGUGUGGUGCUUCUAUGUGGUGUUGACGGAAGGAUACUUAACAAACCCAAGAAGCCUCUGGGAAGACUACCCGCACGUGUACCUCUCCUUUCAGGUGAAGUUUUUCUACCUGUGCCAGCUGGCCUACUGGCUGCAUGCACUUCCUGAGCUUUACUUCCAGAAGGUACGGAAGGAGGAGAUUCCCCGCCAGCUCCAGUACAUUUGCCUGUACCUGGUCCACAUAGCUGGAGCAUACCUCUUAAACCUGAGCCGCCUGGGCCUGAUCUUGCUGCUUCUACAGUACUCCACUGAGUUCCUCUUCCACAUGGCACGACUCUUCUACUUCGCAGAUGAAAACAAUGAGAAGCUGUUUAAUGCCUGGGCUGCUGUGUUCGGGGUCACACGCCUCUUCAUUCUCACCCUUGCUGUACUGGCCAUUGGCUUUGGACUAGCUCGCAUGGAGAACCAGGCAUUUGACCCUGAGAAAGGGAACUUCAACACCUUACUUUGCAGGCUCUGCAUGCUACUGCUGGUGUGUGCCGCCCAGGCCUGGCUUAUGUGGCGCUUCAUCCACUCCCAGCUGCGGCACUGGCGGGAAUACUGGAAUGAGCAGAGUGCCAAGCGGAGAGUCCCAGCUGCCCCAAGGCUUCCAGCCAGGCUCGUCAAGAGAGAAUCUGGUUACCAUGAAAAUGGAGUUGUGAAAGCAGAGAAUGGAACCUCCCCACGGACUAAGAAACUCAAGUCUCCUUAAGGCCAAAGUGCUGAGAACAGGAAUCCUCUUUGUGGGGGCCCAGCAGGGAGGCGAGGAACCCGGGCCCCCAACACUGCCUCCUCCUUUCUCCUUGACAUGCUCCGUCUCAAAUAGCAGAAACCUGUCUUCAGAGGGGGGUUUUCUCUUUCUUCUUGGCUUUCUCUUCUUAUUUUUCCAUAAACCAUUCUCAAUAAAGCCAAAAAUCUUCCUCUGUCACUCCCUCAAGCCACCUCAUGGCCUCACCUCUGUCCUGUGUUGGGUUUUCUAGAAACCUAGAUCCUCAUGGUUAUUCUUCUUACCUCUUCUUUCUCUUCCUUCAUGGCUGCUCCUUUUUCUUUUCACUUCUUCAUUUUACUUUAAUGUGCAAUUUUUCUGUGUCUGGUUUUUACCAUGGGAGGGAGCUAAGAUUGUGGUCCUGUCCAUCACUCCCAGGACCUGUUCAUCUGGAAGCCUUGUGCCAAGGAGCUUCACCUGGGGCUGGCAGCAGGCCCUUGGUGGUCCUCAUGCGGAUGGGCAGGAAGAGGAGAGGCCUGCCCUCUUGGAUCGUAAUCUCCUUGGUGCUGAUUAACUGACAAGAUGUCUAAUUCCAGUUCUACACAUGCCAUCCUGAGGCACAGCAGCCACUGCUGUGGGACAUGGCAACGUUAUCCAGGAGAACCAAGUUAACUCUCUUGGGUCCCAUUACUCCAGAGGGUUUCCUGUGUUGGAAUUGUAUUGGAAAUCAGCCUGCACUCACUCUGGAGGAAAGUGCUGAAGGAGGACAAGUCUUCCCACUUGUAGAGCAAGAGCACAGCACGCUGAGCAGCAGGCCCUUCCAGACAGGUAACACAACAGGAGAGACAGGAGUAGCCUGGGCCCUUCUCCAGCAGCACCAGCUGCUGUAAUUUCUUCAACCGUUCACCAGCACUCAAAACCAAACCAAACGAUAGCUAGUAAACCUGCCUGAGAGGUGCUGGCCCAGAGUCCAGAACCAGCCAGCCCUGUCAGGUCAAUCUUUCUACCUUGGCUUCAUCUCUCUAGCUGCAGAAACACUAAGCCUCAAGGGCUCCAGCCCCACACCAGUCCCUUGCUGCCCAAGGGAGGGUCAGCUGGCCAUUCUGCCCUCUGGCCUCACUUAUGAGUAUUUUUUGGAAUCCUCAUCACUUGCUGAUUUUGUUGAGCACAACUAUGGCAUGAGCCAGGGUUGACUCAGAGUGGCUCUUCUGGCUGGAUGAGGAUGAGCAGACAGAAGUCUUCUGUUCCCCUCCCUGUACUGUUCUUUCCUAGCUGCCUGAAGACAAGGCUGACAAGUCCUUAAGGUGUCUUGUAAGGACUUCCUGAAGGGGAGGGGGCUUGAAAAGAUCCUAGUUAAGAACCCCUGAGUCCUGUACUGAGGCAAAGGGGAGCAGUUCUUGGUGGCACAGGAAUGCUAAUGUCACCUAGCAUACUGGCCCUCUCUCUGACAUCAUGGUAGAGAUCAGACCUUGGAUUUUUAUCCAGAAAGGGGGACCUGGGUCUUUUCAUCAAGGCAGCUCCCCUUCUCCAAGUCAUUUGCAUUGUAGACAAAGUUUAAGUUACCAGUAACCAAGGGAUCUGUUUCCAAACACCACUGUAAACUUCCAUCUUGGUCUGCGGUAAGCAUAUGGAAUUGGAAAGAUUUGCCCUUGCUUUCUUUUGAUUACCCUUAGAAAGCAGGAUAAUAUUUUUGAAAGUAUGCAUUUUCCUCUAAUCUCCCUAUGCUUCCCUGACUCUUCUCUGGGCUGCACAGAAGAAAGUUGAUAAGAGGGUAGCUUGGUAUUAACCCAGCAGAGCUGGUCUGAAAUGCCCUUGCCACUUCAGGCCAACAGCCCUGAUGUAGGCUGUAACUGAGUUCCUGCUUAUCUGGCCAGGAACUACUUGUGGAGAGGGUAUUCAGUCUAGCCAGCAGCCUUUUAAACCCACCGUCCUCCCCCACUGGCUCAGAUGCCCUUCUGGGUUCUCCCCAGGCUGUCAUGGCCUCACCAACCUUCUGCAGGAGAUCACUCUCCUUCAGGUGAGUCCAGGCUGAGCUGCUGAGUCAUGCCCUCAGCAGAUACUUAGAGCCUGCGUGCAGUGUUCUGAGGGCUGGGGAUGUGGUAGUGAGCAGAGCAGCUCAAGUCUGGAUCCAGCUGCCCCCAUUCUCCAUUUUCAUUGCUCUAUCCCAGGGCACAUGGAUAUCAGAGAUGACAUGGCUCCAUGUUCCGUACGUCUCCUGCGAGCGUCUUGCUGGUAUAUCAUGCAUGGUACCAUGAGCCUCGUGGCUGGGGUCAACUUAGAUUGUUUCCUAAAGGACAAGAGUUGGUUCACUGAUGGGAGUUUGUAAAAUCUUAUUCUGCAUUAAAAGAAAAACCCCUGAGACAGAAUUGGAAAGAUCUACCCUUGGUUUCUUUUUAUUACCCUUAGAAAGCAGGACAGUAUUUUUGAAAGUUUGCAUUUUCCCCUAAUCUCCCUUUCCUUUCUGAUAACUUGCCAUCCUGGACUUCAGGGAUAUUUGGGGGUGCUUAGAAGUUAAUUGUAGGGUACUUCCUUCCUCCACCUGCUUCUCUGGCACAUUUAUGUCAUAGCAAAGUCAAGUCUUUGCCAAAUUGACACAAACUAUGUUGCCAGAGUUUAACUCAAUUCCACUCAUCCUGUGAGCAUGUUGGGCUAGCUUGUACUAAUUUGGGAACUUUGGCUACUUUUUCAUUAUUCUUUAUCCUAUCCCCAAAGCACCAAGUCACUUGUGCAGACCCUACCAGACCCCUCCAUUGGAGAGGCAGCUCAGCACCAUCCGCCAAGAGCAGAAGAAAUGAUGCUUAUCUACCUCAGCCACUGCCUCUCUGGACAUCCCUGACUGGUACACCUGCAUCCAGAUGCCAGCAGAUGGCAGUGGUAGGAGAGGGAGGCCAUGUUGAUGGAUAGAGGAGCCCCUGCUGCCAAUGCUCCAAAGUUCUGUGAUGGAAAAGUCAUUUUUACCUUCUAGGCUCUGAUAGCUGCACUAUUAAUAAAUUUCAUGUGUUCUUAUUGAAGGUAGAGAAUGGUUCUGGAGGAUAAGGGGAGCUUACUGACACUUAAACCCAAAGAGACUCCUGUGUUCUGGCCACCUUCACAGUGCUUCCCUUGACUAGAAUCCCUGGGACUCCAAGAGUCCCUGAAGCCAGGGAUGGGUGUGUGCACCAAGGUUUUGAGACCUCUUUCCUCAGUACCCCUUGAUCCUUUUCCUAAGUGGUAAAUAAGAAAGAGAAUGCAUGCCCUCCAAAAAUUCCACAACAUAAAGUUAUGUUACAUGGAAGCUUUAAUUACAAGAGGUUUGCCAACACCUUUGGGGAAGGCCUUGGUUUGCAUUUCUUUGAUAGAUGUCAGUCUUCCCUGUUAGUUUUGCCUAAAUCUGGGGUGGGAGGAGGUAGGGUUGUCUGAACAUAACUAACUUCCCUUCCCUGUCAGAGGGCUUCAGUGUCUCCAGUGGAUCUUAAUCCCUUAUAGCCUCUGUUCUCCACUGAUGGAGAGGGCUGAGGGUCUGGAAUCAGGGCAGUUGGAUGGUCUUUCUCCUCUCCUGCUCCUGAGCUUACAGCUUCUUUUCCUGAGAAGAGAGUUUGGUAGUUGCUAGAGAAUUAGGUCCAUUUGAAAACCUGAGUAUAAAUAGGAUGCCUCUGGCCCAUGGUCCACUGUGAGGAAGCCUUGACUAGCUUCCCACCCUUCACCCUGUUUGCAUGAGUAUUAACUCCACCUCCCAAAAGGCUGGAAAAGACACUCCUCCCAGUGGCUUCACCUCCCACUCACGAACUCUUUCAUGGAGGUGGCUGGAUCAGCAUAGCCCUGAAGAUAAAAAGCAUUCAAACUUGCAGGCUCUCUGCAGCCUUUCAGUGUUUGGUGACCCCUGUAGAGUUUUUGUCCUUGUCCUAAGCAGAUCUGUUCUUAUGUAAUAAGUGCCUUAUGUUGCCGUGUGGCCUUCAUUUGUACUGUAUGGCCAGCUCCCAGUUGCCAGGGCUCUAGGGCUUUCAGCAUAUGCAGCCAAGGAUACCACCAUACCUCAGUACAGUACGCAUAAAGGGACACGGACUGAAAGUUUUGUCUCAUUUGCUUUGACACCCUCCCCCCCAUAGUAGUAGGCUCUGUGUUCUCUGCUUCAUUUGAGCUUCUCCCUGUAGCAGUUCACUUCUGGCCUGCUGGAGAGCUGUGGAAGCCUGUGUGUGGCCCAAGGGCAGGCACCUGUGCCUUGUACCUGUGAAGGGAAGCUCAAAGGCUUCAGCACUGCCCCUGCAGCCCCUGUACCCUGCCCGGCAACAAGCCCUGACCUUGUCUCUUCCCACCCCAUAUUAGAAACAAAGGCAUCCUUGCUAUAAGCUCUUCUGAUCUAUUUCACUUCCCAAAGUUUGUGUGAGGAAGGUGUUUACCCAUACUUCCUGGUCCAGAGACUUAACUCCUUACCUGUUUCACAGUGAGUUUGGUCCAGUGAUUGCGGAACUGCUACAGCUCCCAAUUUGGGGUGACCCUGUGUUAGUAGCUGCAGCCUUCUCCCUGCCCCUCGCCUGCCUGCCUGUUCCCGCCCUUCCGGGUUGUGCAAUAACUCUCCCAGCCCGUGGUCUUUUCCACAGGCCUUUCUGUCCCUUACAAUGCCCUCCAAUAGGUGGGGAGGAGGGACCUUUGGGAGAGGUAGUCAUCAUCCCUUACAGAAGAAAUGUCAGCCAUUUCCCCUUGUUGCUGUCAUUCUCAUGAUGCUGGGUGGGUUUCUGUGGCCCUGUUGUAGAACAUGUGGUAUCAUCUUAAGAGUCCUUAUAUUAAAAAAGAAAAAGAAUCUGUUGAAAAGGAAAAAAAAAAAAUCCUCAGGAUGGGACCUAAGUCAGCAUCUGGGAAUACAAUCUGUGUGAGGCCCAUGGCAUCACGAUCACUCUGUAAAAGUGUUCCAGUUUCUUGUGCACGUGGAGAGGAUGGAGAAUCAGCCCUGGGUGGAGAGCCCUGCGGCCUGAGCGGGUCUGGCUGUGGGAGUGAGUACCACCAUCCUGCUGGGUGCAGAUUCGAGUGUUUAUGUGAUGAGACUACAAACCUCACUUUUCGGUUCCUCUGAAAUAAACAUCUGAAGGAUGAGCUGAGGCUGCUGGUGCCCUGAGCAACUCAUAAUGCAAAUGUGGACAAGUUGUCUUUGUUUUUCUACUUUAGCCUGUUCAUGUUAUGGACCAAAUUUCCACAAGGAACUCAAGGAAAAUUUGUACCUGCCGUAUUUAUGCUUUCAUGUAAAAGGGUUGGGGGGAGGGAUAUCUUUUUACUUUUGGUGAACUUUUUUCAAAAUCCUUUUUCCACUGUUUCUGUCUGGUUUUAAAACAAAUUACAGUUUUGUAUGGAUUUUUUAAUGUACAUUUUGAAACAAAUGAUCAAAUAUUUUCUGUAAUAACUGAAUAAAAGGCAUAGAAUUAU